AUGGCGCAGGAGGAUGAGGAGGACGAGCAAGGUACCACUCCUCCGCUGCCCGAGCCGAGUUCGACGCUCGGCAAACCCCCGCCGGCGGCUUUGCCAGUCUAUGUCCCACCGACGUCCGGACACGGUCCAGGCUUCCGUAUCCGUGCGCGGCAGGCGACGCUCGAGGUCCACGAGGGCGACUUUGUCUAUAUCCUGCCACAGGAUGCGUCGUCUGCCAAGUCGAAAAGGAGCGCAGCGGCGGCGGUCGGCGUCGAGAAAGCGACGAAGCCCUUUUCCAUCUACCACGUCGAGCGCGUCAAGUCCGCGGGCCCAACCGUGGCGCCGAAUCGUCAAUCUGCAGGCUCGGAUGGCACCACGACGGCGCUCGCCGCUCCGACCCGCAGACGGACAGCGCAGGUGACGAUGCGGCGGUACGAGCGACAGGCGCUCCUCUCGCGCCUCCCACGCUACUAUGCCCGGACGGAAGCGCUGGCCUCACUACCGUUCCAGGACGAGAGGCGGCUCCUUCCGACGCGCGACAUCGUGAUCCUGGACCCGCAUCGCCACGCGGUCGUCGGCCAGUGUUUUGCGGCCGUGCGCGAGAAUGCCAGCUCGCUCCCCGACGCUCUGCGGUGCGAGCACUACUUCGUUCGGCCUCACGACCUGCGUUCGGUGCUUGGCCGCGCCGAGCUUCGAGACUGUGCCGCCUGCCGCGCCCGAAUCAAUGACGAGGUGGCGACGGCCAAUAGGAUCAAGGCGCGUCCGCUAUCGGCCCUCGACCUCUUUUGCGGAGGCGGCGGCCUUUCCAUCGGCCUCGCGCAGUCCGGCAUCGUCAAGACGUGCUGGGCCGUCGAUGGCGACGCGCAAGCGGUCAAGACGUUCGAGCGGCACCACCCCGAAACGACGGCCAUCUGCGGCGACACGAGCUCGCUGCUGAGGGACGUCGUGCGAGGCAGGGCAUCGAGGCAUAGGCUGCCCCGACCGGGCCAGGUCGAUAUUAUCGUGGGCGGCCCGCCGUGUCAGGGCUUCAGCGGGCUCAAUCGCGUUGCGACCAGCGGAUCAGCCGAGCGCUACGACGCGCGCAACCUCCUCGUCGCCAACGCGCUCGCCUGGGUCGACUUCUACCGCCCGCGCUUUGUGCUGCUGGAGAACGUCACGGGCCUCCUGUGUGCCAAGCUGGGCGGCCACGACAGCGGCUUUGCCCGCCUCAUCCUGCUGACCCUGACCGAGAUGGGCUACGCGGCGUCGAUCGAGGUGUUCCAGACGGUCGCGCAGCCGCACCGUCGUCUGGGCGCUCGGUGCGGCGAGCGGCUGCCCCGGAUGCCGUCGGCCACGCAUGUCUUUCUGGGCAAGCUGGCCCCGUGCUUCUCCUGGAAGGACGGCCGCGGUAGGGAGCACAAGAGCAGCCAGGACCGCCCCAGGAUGCGCUCAGCGCCGAUACCUGCGGUGACGGUAGGCGAUGCCAUCUGCGAUCUGCCGCCGUUCGACUGGCAGGACCCGCACGUCAUCUAUCCGAGCGAUGCGGCCUCUCGCAAGGAGCGGCGCCAGCGCCAAGAGAGCGGGAUCCCUGCGCUUGCUGCGCACAGCACGGGACAAGGGCAUCGGUGCGGGUCAGGCGGCGGCGCAAGCACGAGCACGAGCACGAGCACGAGCACGAGCACGAGCGCCGUGGGGCCGCGGCUGCAGCGGUACGCCGUCGAGGCUCGGACGAGCUAUCAGGCGGCGGUGCGCGGCGACGGGGCUGAGCGGGUGAGGCAGCACCAGACGUGCCGCUUGACGGCGGGUACGGUGGAGCGGGUGGUCAACGUGCCGCUGGUGGGGGAGGCCAACCACCUGGCGUGGUCGUCGCGCGGGGUCAACAAGCCGCUGCUGUCGCUGUGGGGGAUGUCGUCGAUGUCGUCGGCGCGCGCGGCCAACGGCUUCUACCUCAGCUCGUACGCCCGCCUGUCGUACGGGUCGUAUUUCGAGGUGGCGCUGACGAGCAUGUCGCCGAGCGCCAAGUGCGGCAAGGUGCUGCACCCGUCGCAGCAUCGCAUCCUGACGGUGCGGGAGCACGCGCGGGCGCAGGGCUUCCCGGACGGCGUCGUAUUUGCGACGGGGCCCGACCUCAACGCGGCGCACCGGCAGAUUGGGAAUGCGGUGGCGGUACCGCUGGCGAGGGCCAUGGGGCGAGGGGUGCUCGAAUCGCUGGUGCGGUGCGAGGAGGCAAGGCGGCGGUGGGGCGGUCAAGGCGGUGCUCAGCCGGUGGGGGGAAAGAGCAGCGGCGGUGGGGCAGCGGGUGGUGGCAGCAGCAGCAGCAGCAGCAGGGAUGACGGGCAGCCUGGGAGUGCGGGCGUCAAGCGGAAGCGGUUCGGAGGGGCCGAGGCGAGCGAGGGCUGCAUCAUUGUGAUCCAGGACGAUGCAGAUGGUUAG